UCGUGACUCUAUUCAAACGCGAUUAUCAAUCAAUCAAAUCUUUGAUUUCUCUGCCAUUUUUUUUCUUUCUCAUUCGAUUUAAUUCAAAGAUCUGUGAAUAUUUUGUUCAGGGAUUCGAGAAAACGAUGCUCAAAGCGAUACAGAUACUUGGUUCUUCAUCCGUGUUCGUUUCACAGAGAUGGAAAUACCAUAACAGUUGUGGAUUCUCUAUAAUUUCUUGUUCUUGUUCUUCUUCAAGAACUCCGACAAUGACUUCUUUGGUAAUGCCCACUUCUCCAACUCGCAAGAUGCGCUGUUUCAGAGCGUUUCGGGCGUCCACAAUUCGGGCUGAGUCAAACCCAGAUGCCCCUUCUUCUUCUUCAGCAUCAUCAUCGGCUUCGGUUCAGUCAACUGGUAGCACAUUGAAGAUCAAUUUUUGUCAGUGGUGUGGUGGCCCAACAAAGCAUGAUAUACCGGAGGGAGAGGAGAAGAUAAGGGCUAUUUGCACACUUUGUGGGAAAAUCACUUAUCAGAACCCAAAAAUGGUUGUGGGUUGCCUCAUUGCGCAUGAAAACAAAGUUCUCCUCUGCCAACGGAAGAUUCAACCAUCUUAUGGUCGUUGGACUCUUCCUGCUGGUUACUUGGAAAUUGGGGAGUCAGCUGCAGAAGGAGCAAUCAGGGAGACCUGGGAAGAAGCAGGUGCAGAUGUGGAAGUGCAAUCGCCUUUUGCUCAAUUGGAUAUUCCUCUUAUCGGUCAAACAUACAUAAUUUUCUUAGGGAAGCUGAAGAAGCCACACUUUUCCCCAGGUCCAGAAUCAUUGGAUUGCCGACUCUUUGCACUUGAUGAUAUACCUUUUGAUUCUUUGGCAUUUUCAUCAAUGUUAGUCACCUUAAAAUUGUACAUUGAAGAUGUAAAGUCAACCGGAAGACCCAAAUUUCACUAUGGUACCAUUAAUAAAAGGUAUUUCCAGUUUGUGUAUGGUAGAUUUCCAUUUUUAAGUAUGUUCUGUUUGGUUACUAAGAAAUAAUAUCUUAAAUUAUUUGUUUAUACUAAAAAAUAUGGACAGUUUUUUCAUUAUUUGGAAACCCUAACAGCCAGAGCCAUAAUUUUCAAAACUAAAUUUUUGAAGAGAGCUGUAAUUCUGGUCUUCCAUUCUUUUAUUCAAUUGUGAACUUGAUUCAUUUCUGCUGUUUUUGGCAGGCCUGGCACUAGCCCUUCUGAUAUUCAAUCCUACACCCUGGAUUUUCAUUUGCAGUCCUGAUCAUAUUGUGAUGAUUGCACUAAACAACCCUACCAUUUGGGAUUCAAUUCCAAAAUUUCCCCAUCAAAUCCUUUUUUCCCACCGUAAAACUUUGCUGUCAGUGUGACACCCAUUUUGAGUUCAUCGAAAUAACCUGUAAGUCUCUGUUCUUUGGAUGGUUUUAGUGUAGCACUGAACUCUAGUCUGUAUGAUUAGAAUAUUCUGGAAGCGGAAGCUUUUUAAGACUUUCUGUGGAUCUUGCCUGGAGUGGAUGGCUCAAGAGUAACAAGACUAGAGGUUCAAGGUUCAAGAGAAGAGUAGAAUAUUCUAGAAGCUUUCCUAUCAAAUAUUCUAGAAGCUUUUAAGGGUUGUGUGCAUCUGGUUGGGCGAAAGUUUCUGGAAGAAUGUGGAUGGCUGAGGAUCACUCUAGAAUCAGUGGGAAUUCUCGGGAGCUAGAUUCUGUUCAUACCAUAAAAGAUAUAGGAAGCUUCUAAAAAUUUCAAGGACUGUAGAAGAUUUUUGGAUGCCUUUAAAUAGCGAUGGAGGAGAUGCUCGGUGGGUGGGAUGGUACACUUAAGCAGAAGAGAAGGGGAAAAGGGUAGACUUGUUUAACACUAUUUUAUGUCGAUGUUAUUAAUAAGACAAAAUUUUGUUGUGUAUGAAAUGAUUAUUCUAUUGUUAUAAUUUCUUAUUCUUAUUCA